GUAUUGCAUGGCCGCCUCACUGCCACUUGGCGUGUUUUGGGACGUCAACGAAGGGUUGCAGUGUCUUGGGAGCCAAAACAAAAGCUGAGAGUCCCAACCAUCAAGUCCAUCGCUUGGUUCUUGUGCUGCUCGGCUGCUUUCCCUAUCCCAGGUGGCUCACAGGCUUGGGGGCUGCUCGAUGACAUGGUUACCGAUGUCGAGACGGGGAGGAUUUUCUACAACCCCCCGCAAUUCCGGGCCACACUCCCUGCAGGGCGCGACGCUGCCCAACAUAAAGGAGUUGCCUUCGCCAAAGUUGAAGCCAGCCACGGACUCGCGGAGUUUAGUGUCCACCGGUACAAUGACAAUAAGGAGGAGCAGCUCAAAGCGUCACAUGCACAGGCUGAUGAAGCUACCUUUGAUCGGGCAGAUGUCAGUCAAGAUAUCUGCUACAAAGACUUGGUCGCCAAGGGCAAGUGCAUCCUCUGGGCACUGGGAGCAAUGGAGCGGCAUACUGGUACGUGGGCAACCUACCAGCUUGGUUUUGACACGCCUGAGUCCUUCACUCUCUGUGAAGCGUGCGCCUGGCCGGCCCUGGGGCGAUUCGCAGAGUCGAUUGGGCCCGAUUGCGCAGAA